AUGGGAGGACGGCACGCCGCCACCACACAGGGAUUUUUAUUACUCUCAGGGGUCAAGGUCGUCGACCUCUGGGGCGGCUACCGCGACCGCGGCGCGCAGGCGCCGUGGGAGGAGCCGACGCUGGCGCCCGUCUUUUCCACGACGAAGGGCGUCACCGCCUUCGCGCUCGCGAUCCAGAAGUCGCGCGGCGCGAUCGACUACGACGGCAAGGUCGCGCAGUGGUGGCCGGAGUUCGCGCAGAACGGGAAGGAGGACGUGACGGUGCGGCAGCUGAUCUCGCACGAGUGCGGCCUCGCCGGCCCGGCGCCCCCGAUCGCGCUCGCGACGCUGCGGGACAAGGCCGCUACCCGCGCCUUCUUCGCGGCGGCGCCGAUGGAGUGGCGCACGCCGGGCGACUACAAGGGCUACAUGGCGGUCACGCUCGGGAACUUCGAGAGCGCGCUGGUGCAGAUGAGCGACGGCGAGCGGCGGCGGUCCGCGGGCGAGUUACUGCGCGACGAGUGCUUCGCGCCCCUCGGCAUCGAGGACGAGAUCUACGUCGGCACGCCGGCGAGCGUGCCGGACGCGCGCUUCGCGGUGAUCGACGGCAUGAGCGGGCUCGAGCCGCUCUUCGCCGACAGCUUCCCCCCCGGCUUCGUGCGGCGGCUGCUCCUCGAACCACGCAGCUACACCGCGCGCGCCUUCGCCAACCCGCGCCUCAGCGCGCCCCCCUCGGUGCUGGACUACAACCGGCGCGAGCUCGGCUACUGCUACGUGCCGAACCGCUGCAGCGGGUACAUCCUCGACGACCCGCGGGAGAUGGCGCUGCGAACCAAGGUCUGGCGCUGCGCGCAGCGGGCCGGCGGCUACAGCGGCGCGCGGGCGCUGCCGCUGGCGCGCCUGAGCGUGCCGCACGAGCUCGCGGCGAGGGACGUGGCGCGAUUCCCGUACCUCGCUCCGCUGCCGUAG